AUGAAGACAUAAUUAUUGCUCAUAGCCAUGAUUUCUCUUUCAGUCAAUGCCUUGACAGCUACAAAUGAAUGUGAUUGCACAGAAAUUGUUUAAUCUGCUGAUUGUAAGGGUGGAUGUACUUGGUCAUCAGCUGAUUCUUCAUGUUCAGCCAAAACAGUUGAUUGCACUACAUACACAACAUAACCAACAUGUGAUGCAGUAAAUACAUGCGCAUGGAACGACACAACUUCAAAAUGUGCCACUUUCACAGCUUGUGCAGAUUACACCGUAACAGCCGCUGACUAAUGCUAUGACAAAGACUCAACCUGUGUUCCAGGAACAACUGGUACAGAUGGAAAAACACCAUGCAAGACAGGAUCAGUCACAUGCUCAAGCUUUUCAAAUGCAGCAGAUUGUAAUUUUAAGUCACCAAGCAGUAAUGCUGUUUGCUGGUUCAAAGCUAAUACUUGCUCAUAAAUUGAUGUUUCAAAAUGCUCAACAAUUACAGAUUAAGAUGUCUGCACAAUUUUAUGUAAAUGGACUUCAGCUGGUGCUUGUGCUGCAUAUACAUGCGCUGAUAUGACCACUGCUGAAGCUUGUGACACAGUCUUAACAGACGAUUUCUCAGGUGUUAAUAUUUGUUCUUGGGAUUCUGCUACCAGUAAAUGUAGUGAUGCUGCUGAUGUAAGUGCCUUGACUUCAGCAAAUUGCUUUGAUAAAACAGCCGGUUAUUAUUAUUGGGAUGGAAGUGCCUGCUCAGAAUGCUCAGGAUCAAGCAGCAACGGAUAUAUUUUGGCAUUCAUUGGAUUCAUCGCUAUGCUUAUGUUCUGAUUCAGUAUUAAAUAUAAAAUUAUCAAUCAAUUAUUAUUUCAAUAUAAUAUAAUAUUUUAAUUAAAA